UUCUGACCCGGUAGUUUUCAAGGAAAAUUAGUGAGUGAUCUGAACCCUAAGUCGGGAUUCUCGGAGGCUUCGGUUUGAACCGAAGAAAAGGUUCAGCCUCUACGAUAAGGAAAAUCCUUAUCGAACGCCUCUCCCCUGUUCUUUCUCUGUUCCCCGGCGGCCCUCCCUCUCCGAUUGUCUUCUCUUCGGCGGCCGACGGCGACGGAGUUGGCCGACGCGGGUGGAGGCGGCGAGGUCGGCCGAUUUUUAUUGUGUUAGGAUCUUCUCAACUUGAGUGCAAGGAUUGCCCCCUGAGAUUAUUAGGCAAACAGUGUCCUCUGUUGCAUUUUGCAUAAGACUUUGAGUAUAAUUAAUGGAAGGCAACCUGGAAGAAAAUAGAGAAACUGAGGGUGGAGAAGAAUAUCUCUUACUUGACUUGGAUGAAGUUUGUGUGCAUGGUGAUAUUCCAGCCAAUGCUCCCUAUGUUCUAUCUGGUUUGGACACUCUGAAUCCCAUAUUGGUCAUUGGCAACCGCUUGAAACUGAUCGGGGAGUACCAAGAAACAAUAGGAACAUGCUUUGUGUUCUCCGAAAGUGAUGGAGUUUUGCAUCAGGAGACAGGAUCUUCCAAAACAGAUCUCUCAAAGGAUAAAUGCAUUAUUGAUUCAAAUGAAGCUUCAUUCAAGCACGUUAAGCCAAUUGCAAAGCUUCAUAAAGUUCUCAAAUUUAAGCUAGCAACUGAUGAUCAAAAUCAAAUAACUGAGAAAUCCAAUGUGAAUAAAUUGUAAUAUUUUUAUCUUAUUAUACAUAGCAAUAUUAUUAGUUUGCAAGAGAAACCAACGAAAAGGAAAUGAAGACAUUGUGACACCAUUGCUUCUAUUUUUA